AUGGCCGGCAAACCAGAAAUAUUUUAUACAGACAGCAACGUGGAGACGGAACCGACCAAAAGCGAGAUUUCCAACCGCGGCGAUGUGAAUGACAGCGACCAGCUUCUCAAGCUAGGCAAGAAGCCUGUGCUGAAGCGCAACUUUAGCUUUUGGUCCAUCCUCAGUCUCAGCGUCACUGUGCUAAUCACAUGGGAGGCGUCUCUCGUCCUCUUCUCCCAAGGCCUCGAGAAUGGCGGCCCUGGCGGCCUCAUCUACACAUACAUUGUCAUCUGGGUCGGCAAUCUAAGCACUUUCAGCGCGCUGUGCGAGGUCGUGUCCAUGGCGCCCACGGCGGCCGCGCAGUACCACUGGGUCUACAUGCUCGCGCCCAAGCGGAGCCGCAACCUGCUCAGCUUCGUCACCGGCUGGGUCACGGCGGCCGGGUGGCAGGGCAGCGUCGCCUCGGCCGCCUACCUCUCCGGCAGCCUGCUGCAGGCCCUCGCCGUCCUGACGACGCCGUCGUGGGUGCCCGCGCUCUGGCGGGAGACGCUGCUCAGCAUCGCCAUCAUGGCGUUUUGCAUGAUCGUGGCCGUGUUUCUCAACUUCCUGCUGCCAAAGAUUGAAAUCUGCAUCCUGGUGCUGCACAUUACCGCUUUCGUUGGCAUCUUGGUUGUGCUGGCGAGAAUGGGUGAGCACGGCGACGCGGCGAGCGUCUUCACCACGUUUACCAACGGCGGAAUGUGGCCGAACCAGGGCAUCUCCGUCAUGGUUGGCAUGAUUGGCAAUGCUUUUGCCUUUAUUGGAGCCGAUGCGGCUUUUCAUCUGGCCGAAGAAAUCCACAACCCCUCUGCCUUGAUCCCAAAAUCGAUGAUCAUCGGCAUCUUGCUAAACGGUACCCUCGGUCUGGCAAUGCUGAUUGGCGUCUGCUUCAGUCUCGUUAGCCUCAAAGGCGAGCCCCAGUCCGCUUUCCCCAUGCUGGAUGUCUUCCAAGCCGUCACAAACUCCGUUGCGGGGGCUGCGGCCAUGGGUUCCAUCAUUUUCAGUAUGGGAACAUGUGCCUUGAUUGGUCUCUUCGUCUCGGCAUCGCGCGUCUUGUGGUCCUUUGCGCGCGAUCAUGGCGUCCCAUUCUGGCGAACUGUCUCAAAGGUCAACCCAAAAAGCCAAGUUCCGGUGUGGGCAGUCUCCAUUACCGCCGUCAUAACUUGUCUGCUCACACUCAUCAACAUUGGCUCUGCUGUGGCUCUCAACGAUGUGCUGUCGCUCUCAAUCUCGUGUCUAUAUGCUUCCUACCUUGUAGUUCUCGUUUUGCUUUUGCAUCGUCGUAUGACUGGUGCGAUCGCUGAACCGAGCGGUGACGAGGAUGAGAUUUUCUCACCGGACCGUCUGGUAUGGGGUCCUUGGCGUAUGAAUGCCUUGCUGGGCACAGUGAACAACAUGUUUGCCUGUUGCUACCUGGUCUUUGUCUUGUUUUUCAGUUUUUGGCCUCCUGCAACCCCGGUCAAAGCUGACACUAUGAACUAUUCUUGCUUGGGAACGGGAGCUGUCGUCAUCUUCAGCGUGGUGUACUACUUUGCACUGGCCAAAAGACAAUACAAUGGCCCAGUUGUUGAGGUGUAG